UUCGUGUUUUGAAAUAUUUCGAAGGCAGUGGACGUGCGACCUAACCAGAGUGGAACAAUUUACGUGAAGUAUUUUUAGAUAUUGGCCAUCACAACGGCAUUUCUGUGAUUUCUCAUUCCGUGGAUAGUACCUGAAAAGUGUUCCUUUAUAGACGCCAAUAACUACAACGAAGAAACUAUGUGAUACAAACCACUUUCUGAAAAACUGACUUCCCUGUAGCUGUGUUCAAGAAAACUGUCAAAUCAUCAACAUUCCAUUAAUUUUCACAAUCUGGAAGAAUUUGUUUCAUGCACAAAGGUUUUCUUUUGCCAAACCUCUUGAUUAAGUGUCCCUUUUUUAAAUGCCAAAUGCAGAUGCUAUUUACCAUAGCUAAUUAAAAUGGCUUUUAGUGUUGAGCUCUACAUCCACACUAAAAUCUCUCUGCUUACCAAGAAAACAGAAAUAUUUCACAGCGGCUCUAUGCUCGCUGUGUCCUUCUAAUGUAGUGGAAAUGGCUGCACUGGGAAGCAACCGCUACAUAGUGCAGGUGUUCGUAGGCUCCCUCUCACAGCACUAUGAAGCACUAUCAGUUGAAGCAAGCAAGCAGACCACAUCAGAUGAAAUUGUGUCAUGUAUUGUGGAGAGGCUUUCAUUGGCCGAGUCAGCCCUUAACUAUGAGCUUGCUGAAGUAGUAGGUGAUAAGUUGGGACAAGAAUGCAAAGAACGCCGCCUGGGGCCAACAGAGAGCCCAGUGGCUCUCAUGCUUCUGUGGCCAAAGGAGUCGGAUAAUCAUCAAUGCUACAGGUUCUGUUUGCGGGAGAAGAUCAAUGAAGCUCUGUGGGAAAAUUCAUUUUCUGUGGAUCCACAGCUGAUUAAGGAUUACUUUCAACGUUUUCUUUAUCAGCCUGAUGAUCGGGAGUAUCCUGAUCUCUGCCAACUGCCUGAUCUUAAUGAACAAACACUUCUGGACAAUCUACGUGCUAGAUUUUCUGCAGGCCAUAUUUACACCUAUGUUGGUUCCAUUCUUAUUGCAGUGAAUCCAUUUAAGUUUUAUCCUAUCUACAAUCCUAAAUAUGUAAAGCUGUAUCAGAACCGGAGAUUAGGCACUGAAUUUCCACCCCAUAUAUUUGCUGUUGCUGAUGCUGCUUAUCACUGUAUGUUACGUGAAAGAAGGAAUCAAUGUGUUGUCAUAAGUGGAGAAAGUGGCUCAGGUAAAACAGAAAGCACUAAUUUUCUUUUACACCAUCUUACUGCUCUGAGUCAGAAAGGGAGCCAUGGUAGUGGUGUAGAGCAGACUAUUCUCAGUGCCGGUCCUGUAUUAGAGGCCUUUGGAAAUGCUAAAACGGCUCAUAACAAUAACUCCAGUCGUUUUGGCAAGUUCAUUCAGGUCAACUAUAAAGAGAAUGGGAUGGUACAUGGAGCGGUAGUUCAGAAAUAUCUUCUUGAGAAGUCCAGAAUAUGUUCCCAAGGUAGAAAUGAACGCAACUACCACGUGUUCUACUAUUUAUUGGCAGGUGCCUCUGAAGCAGAGAGGCAGUUGUUGCACUUGAAACGAGUUGAUCAAUACAACUACUUGAACAGGAGUGGAUGCUUUACGCUAGACAAUGUGGAUGAGAAGUAUGAAUUUUCGAGACUUCGUCAAUCUAUGGAAAUGGUUGGAUUCACCCUUGAGAAACAAAGACGAUUGUUUGCUGUACUCUCUGCUGUUUUACUCCUUGGGAAUGUUGAAUUCCAGCCAAGGAAAUCUGCCUAUCAUCAUGAUGAAUCUGUCGCUGUUCGAAACCCAGAUGUUGUCAGACUCAUCUCUGAGUUACUGAGAGUGAAACAAGAAACACUUCUUGCUGCUUUAACAGCUAAAAGGGCACGUGCAUCAGGGGAAACUCUCAUUAUCAAUUAUAGAUUGCCAGAAGCUAUAGCAGCUCGUGAUGCAAUUGCCAAGUGCUUGUAUGGUGCCCUUUUCGACUGGAUUGUACUCCAAGUCAAUCAUGCUCUCCUCUCCAAAAAAGACACAUUGAGAGACCAUCAGGGAAACUCAAUAGGUGUAUUGGACAUUUUUGGGUUUGAAGAUUUUGGUCUCUGUAACAGCUUUGAACAGUUUUGCAUCAACUAUGCAAAUGAACAUUUGCAAUACUACUUCAACCAGCAUGUUUUUAAAUAUGAACAAGAGGAAUACCGAAAGGAAGGUAUUUAUUGGACGGACAUAGAUUUCAUGGACAAUACAGGAUGUCUGCAGUUGAUUGAGGGCAAGCCAUCAGGUCUUUUGUGUGUUCUUGACGACCAGUGCAAUUUUCCUGGAGCUACCAAUGAGACUUUACUCCAGAAAUUCCAUUCUGUGCAUAGAGAGAACAAUUUUUAUGAGGUGCCCCAAAAAUGGGAAGCUGCAUUCAUUAUACGGCAUUAUGCAGGAAAAGUAAAAUAUCAGGCUUCUGAAAUGCGGGAAAAAAAUUUGGAUUUGAUGAGACAAGAUAUUGUUGGAGUCCUGAAAAAUAGUAGCAUGGCUUUUGUCCGGGAAUUAGUAGGAGCUGACCCUGUUGCUGUCUUCCGUUGGGCAAUAGUCCGAGCUUUCUUUAGAGGAUUUUUUGCAUUUCAUGAGGCUGGAAAAAGACAUAGACAGGAAAGAGCAGAUGGAAGUAAAUCAAGCUAUGUUCAUCUAAGGUGUCGCAAUCACACUCCUAAUGAGAACAUUAUUAGCUAUCGCGCCAAGAGUAAAUACAACCAGGAGCUUGAGAAAGAUGGAGGCUACAUACAGCGUUCCAUUAGUCACAAAAAAGUGGCAAGUGUCACAAGUGACCAUAGGGCACUGAACCAACAUAGUCCCAACAACCGCAACCAUCGUCUAUCUUGGCCCCAAUUGCCUCCUCACAGUGAUGAUGGAAAAACCAAUGCAAACAAAGAGUCAAAGUCCUCUCUCUCUAGCAGCAAAGAGAAUGAUUCGAAAUGGAUACCAUCUUCCAAAUGUUUAUGUCCUGAUGAUGCAGAAGUAAUGAAUCGAGCCAACCAGAUUGUCAUGAAAAACAAGUCAUUUAGGCCUCGGGAACGAGGGAAGAAGGGGUUGAAAAAUCUACAGACUGUAAAAACACUUGCUGGUCGCACUCAAAGCUAUUCUCAGCAGCCUGGCAAGGCUCGGAAGCAACCAAUGACAGUCACAGCUCAAUUUCAACAAUCUCUUCACUCUUUAAUGGAUACUUUAAAUCAAGCAAAUCCUUUCUUUAUAAGGUGUAUUAAAAGCAAUGGUGACAAGGUGCCCAAUAAGUUUGAUGAAGAGACUGUGCAACGUCAGCUCAGAUAUACUGGAAUGCUCGAAACAGUUCGAAUAAGACAAGCUGGCUACAAUGUCAGACUCACCUAUGAUGAAUUCAUUCAACUGUAUCGCAUACUGCUGCCAAGAGGAUUAAAAAGUUCUCAUGUUGAUGUUCGGAACUUUCUGCUUACUCUUAAUCUGAACCGUGACAACUAUCAGAUUGGUGAAAGCAAAAUGUUUCUCAGAGAGUGUGAGAAACAGAAGCUUGACUUCAGAUUACAUCGUCAAAUCAUAUCGAAUAUCACUUGCAUUCAGAGGUGGUAUCGAGGAAUCCUUGAGAGAAGGAAAUUCUUAAGAAUUAAAGAAGCCGUGGUGACAAUACAAUCUGCUUGGCGUCUUUACCUCUCUAAUCGCGAUGUGUUGCACAAGCGGUACACAACUGCUGCUACAGUUAUACAGAAACAGUGGCGUUCAUACCAAACUCUCGUUUGGUUCCGCCGCCUGAAGAGUAGCCUACUUAGUUUCCAGGCACAUGCUAGAGGCUACAUUGUUCGCCAAAGAUUUCAUGCUGUACAGAAUAGCCGCCAGUUGUCCAAAGAAUCAAGUCAAGAAGAACAGGGAAGUGCUGUUUUCUAUGAUGACAGUGAUCUUGAUUCUGUUGCCACUGAAUCUCUCAGAAGACAUUUUAAACCAACCAGACAUUUACGCACUGAUCACUCAGAACCCUUACUUCAGGCUGUAACUCAGGAUAAAAGAUCAAUUAGUUCUAAGGAUGAUGGUGUAGGAUUUGACUUGAAAUACUCUAAGAGAAAAGUGGCUCAGAAACAAAAGCUGAGAAUGAAGACUGAUUCAUUUUUCGAUAGUGGUUCGUAUGCUGCCCAAUCGGAAAGGAAAGGAAGCUGUGACUCACUUACAUCACAAAGAAGCAGUGAUUCUCAGUCAAGUACCACUGUUCGAGAUACUUUACAUGUUGCAAAGAAACAAAUUCAAGCACUAAUGGGUGUGGGCAAGAAGUCCGAGAGUAGCACCAAUUUGCCCCACAGUGACAGUGAAGGUGAAGAAAACCACAGUGAAGUUCCCAGUAUUUGGAAGAGACGAACUGCACACCAGCCUAUUUCUCGACAGCCUCAUGUUACUCAAACACACACUCAUACCCACUUUGGACGUCAUUCUCCUGUUACUCAAGCUUCAGCUUUGCCUGUGACUGGUAGACAAGAAGUCGGUGACUUGAAUCCAAGAGCUUGGCAGAGGAGAGCUUUAAGGGAUGCAAAUGGGGGUAAUGGAGACUUCAAACAUGACCGAGAACCAGAAGUACCAGCACGCAUGGCAAGGCGACGAGAUAUCAUUUGUCGCAGCAUGGGUGAAGAGUACACGGAUGGGCGACACAAAGCCAAUGAUGUGCCUGGUCCUCUAGUGGAAGCCACUGCUUCCAAAGUGACAGUGUGGCCACCCAAGGCUAGAGAACUUUUGGAAUCCAGUGUUGAUGCUGGAUCUCCUAUGUUGGCACCUUCUGUAGGGCCACAGGUUACUGGUUUGGCUGCGAAACGAAAUCGUAGCUCUGGAGCAGCACACUCUCAGCCAAGUUUUGCUUUGUUGGAUCUGAAAAGGAGAAAUAGUGAUCCAGCUAAUCAAGUUGGAAGUCCUCAGGGCCCACCAAAAACUCACCAAUCAUCUGAUCUCUUGGAAUGGAAAGGCACAACAAUGUUUACUAUUGCAAACCACAGCUUCCGCAAAAUAACAAGAUUUACCAAAGACGACCGCUGUGUUUUCUGCUCUUCUCCUAUGGAUGCCUUUGUUACUCAAGGCCAUAAAUGUUCUGAUUGUAAACAAAUUUUUCACACCAAGUGCAUUCAGAAUGGUGGGGUGUUGCAAAUGCCCUGUCCCUCUCCCCCUCCUCAAGGAGCUGGUGUGAAACCAAAUAGAAGGAAGCCUCGCAAAAAUGCAAGGACUCCCUCAGAGACCAAGGCAGUUGUGGAGAGCCGUUUCUCUCUCACCGGCACAUCCCAAUUCACUGACAGCCAGGAUAAAAUUAUUUCUGAUGCCAAGGAGCUUCAACUUAUGCAUGACUUUAUCACUAAAAAGAUUUACAAAAUGGAGAGCUUAGAAGGUCAGAAACCCAGUCGAGUUGACAGAGUUUUCAAACAAGCAUUGAAGGAGUUUAAGGACAACUUAGUUGCCACUUACAGUGUUCUAAACAAGCAAGGCCCUGAAACUUUGAAUAUUAAAUAUAAAGACUUAAUUGCAAACUUCAUGCAUGUAAUGGAAACUGUCUGUCAUCAAGAGAACACACGUGAGGAUUUUCCAGUAACUAUGGGUGUUAAUGCUUUCCGGGGCUUUAUGAAUGAGUUCAUGCACUUGACUCGAGUGGAGAGCGACAAGGAGAAGCCUGGCAGGAAGCGCAAAAAGGAAAAGGACAAAGACAAGAAGAGGAGAGGAGAUGACCCAGUCAGACAUGGAGGACAUACCUUCAUGCUUACUAUCAUUAAUAUUCCAACUGCUUGUGAAGUUUGCAGUUCUUUCUUCAUGUGGCCAAUUGAGCGAGGACUUGUCUGCCAGAAUUGCAAGCUUACUUGUCACAAGAAAUGUUAUCUCAAAGUCAGCUCAGACUGUGGCAAAGAAGCAAUGGGUUCUGGCGCCUCUGACGGCACCCACAAAGUUUUUGGAAUGCCUUUACAUCAAUUGGUUGUUGGAGAUAUCAAAGUUCCAAUUGUUGUAGAUAGGCUCAUCACUACUAUUGAAAUGUAUGGACUUUACACUGAAGGAAUUUAUCGAAAGUCAGGUGUUACAUCGAAAGUUCGUGAACUGAAAUCUCGUCUUGAGGCAAGCGGAUCAUUUGAUGGUUCAGGGCAGCAAAAUGAUCCCGUGGACUUUGAAACUUAUCCUGUGCAUGUACUUGCAUCAGUUUUGAAAUGCUUUUUGCGCGAGAUGCCAGAGCCACUUCUUACCUUUGAUUGUUAUGAUGACUUCAUACGAGCUGCAAUGCUUACUGAACCUGCAGAUAGAGUUUCAACUUUAUUUGCUAUUCUUAAAAAACUACCAAAGCCAAAUUUUGAUCUGAUGGAGAGAUUAAUUUUCCACUUAGCUCGUGUUGCUCAACAUGAGGAUGCAAACAGAAUGAGUCCUAGUGCCCUUGCAAUUGUGUUUGCUCCAUGUGUACUUAGAACAAACAAAAUUGUUCCUGCUCAAGAUUCUCUUACUGAUAUUAGCCGUCAAACUCAGUGCAUUGAAACAAUCAUAUCCGAGCAGUUAAGGAAAGUGCGAUCAACUCUUGCUGAUAUUGACACUCUAGACGAAGCAUGCCACACAGCGACACACAGAUUAUCCUCUUUGCGUAGCUCUAAGAUUUUCAGCCCAGAGGAGCUUUUGGCUGUUGAAAUGUGUGCAUCAGAAAGAACCCAGACUCAUGAUGAAGAGGCUAUGCUUGUUGGUCAUAUUCAGGAAAUGGAGAAAGAGAAAGCUUUGCUCACAUCAGCUUUGCCUAGUCUUACUAGAGCUUCCUCAGAUGAUGAUUUGCUCUCCACAGAUAUGGAUGAUGGCAGUCUUGAUGAUGCUGCUGAAAUGGAGAGUGAAGCUCAUUCUGUAGGAAGUCGGCAUCAUAGACGUCUACUGUCUCGAACUGAAGAAGAACAUGGUCCUCGUCAAUUCUUGCCUGAUGGAACUUCUAAACCAACUUCGUCCCAUUUAAGUGUCACCUCCCUUUAUUCAUCUUCCAAUGAUUGCGAUGAGGAUCCUAUCAUGGUAUGAUACGCUUAAUUGAGCUCCCCCUGCUGGACAAGUGGAGCUGUAUGUGUUUUUCUUUCCAUAUUUUAAUGGCUUGUUUGUGGGUGUUUUCAUUUGUUCUUUAAAUAAUAAACAUUGUUGAACUCCUUAAGUUGACAGUUUCAUAUAGAUUCAGAAAGAAAUAGUCCUUAUGCAAAUAUGCUGCCAAGACAGAAAUGAUUGUAAUUUUUAAGAUAUAUAUUUUUUAAAUUUAGAUAUUUAUGAUGUUAAAGUUAGUUGUUUUAGCUCAGCAGCAUUUGUGGAGUAUGUUAUAAUCUUAAAGCAUUUAUAAUUGUGUAUGUCAUUUCUUUUUCUUUAAAUUGAAAGAAGCAUUAUCUGUGUUGUAGUUUAAAGUCAGUUUUAUUCAAAAGCUUUUAUGAGUGGUUCCAGUGAUCCAUGUUAGCGAUAGAUCGAUGCCAUGUGUGUUAUUAUUUAUGUGUAGAUCAAAUUUAGUGACAAAAUUGUAACAUCAAUAUUGGAACUUGCCCUGUCUUAAGUGUAUAGGAUUACCCCUCUUAUCUUCUUUGUGCGUGACCUUUAAAUACACUUGUCACUUCAUCUGUGUAAAACUAUAUCUUAAUUUCCUUUUGUAGAUGUUCAUUCUUGUGUAUGGCCCCAAUUUAGACAGUUCUAAAAGUUCCAAUUUGAAGGUGUUUUACUGGGCAGGGGACUGCAUUUACUUUUAGUGAUGAAGCUCAUAAUUGUGUUCUUACUCUGAAUGACUGUGCAAAAACAGCGAAAUUUUUCUAAGGAGUACUAGAAAAGUGCUUGCACAAAUGAAUGAAUGAAUGAAUGUUGCCCUAGCUGUGCAGCAUGUGCUAUCUGGUUGCGUUGUGUAUGCUUGGAAUAACUCGCUUUUUUACACCGGAAUAUUGUGUGUAAGAAUGUGUGAUAAGAUGUUCGAUUAUAUCUGUUUGAUUUGACACCAAAGAUUUUUUGUCUCGGAGAUGUGUUUACUCUAUGUUACAUAUCAUACCCUUUCUGAUGAUAUUUGACGUGAGAAAAUAUUUCUGAACAUCAAUUUGUUUAGUGGGUGUCAAACUCCUGAAGACAACUGCUUGCUUGUCAGAUCAUUCAAUUCUGAAAUGUAGAACAAAGCUUUUGACUUAGGUCAGGUCAUGUUAGCAUCAGUAUCUUUUUACUGUAUUACUAUUUGCACUAAUGAAGUACUAUAAAGAUUGCAAGAUUCCUUUAAAACCUUUCUGUCUGAUUUUCAAACAUUCCAUCACUGAUUGUUGGGAAAUAUUAUUCUCAACCAAAUGAAUUUGAAUACAUGAUUAUUUAUACAGAGGGAAUUGUGUGACACUCAUCUGUUGGCUGUUUAUUGAUCUGUGGCAUGCUAGUUUCUGUACAAGUAUAAUCUCGAUUUAGCGUUGCCCGAUAUAACGUUAUCCCGCUUAUAGCGUUCCAAAUGCGUUACCCCAAUGCGGAAAACGUCAUUAAUCGGCCGCCGCAUGUAAUGAAUCCCGCAUAUAGCGUUGGAAUUUUUGAAGCAUCUGUCACAAACGCUAAAUCGAGCUUAUACUAUUACCAGCAAACAUUUCACAUACAUUCUCAACUGCAAAGGCUUGACCGUCAAAAACAUAGAACAGUGCACGAGUGCUUCCCUUUUCUAUGUGACAAAUGUGCUGUGUCUUCCUCAAUGGUAUUGACAUGAAGGGGUAUUACUCUGUCUCAUUGUUUGACUACCUAAGCAGUUCUUGCACAAAAUCUGUCUUGUCUGAGGUCUAAGUAACUCAUUACUGUAACUUGUUUGAUUAAGUUGCAGAGCAUGGUUGGCCAUGUUUGGAAGCCAAUCAUUGCCAUUUAAUGUUAAUUUUGCCCGUAUUCUAAAUCAUAUGACAUUUCCUGCUCUUUUUGGCCGUUCAUAUAAUUUUUUAAAUUGUUAUCUGAGGCUAUAGGUGGCCUUGCAAUGAGUGUCCGGCCAUGUCCGUCCUCCGAUUAUUGGCACUAUUUGAACCAAAUGUAACAGAAAUUUGAUGUAAAUUACUAUUUUUUACCAUUUCAAACCAUGCGAACUUUUCUCAAGAAACACGUCAGUAUUGGGAUGUUGGACAUGGGCGGACACGCAUCGUAAGACCACCUUAAGGGAGCUUGUUUAUGCUUCUGUGUUAGUUUUCUUUGUGCUGCUCAACUUUUUAAUUCGUUUCCAUGAGACUUUUGAAACGGUUUGAUUAACACUAUACAGAGUUAAUGACUGCAUUCUUGUACCUGCCUACUUUUCAUUUUCUAUUUGUUUAUUGUAGUUAAACAAUCUUUCUUGUUGUAACAUUUUCCUGAAGUAUCUUCCAUUUAACUAAUUAUCUUCAGGCUCCUUGUAAUAAUAAUAGUAAUAAUAAAAAUAAUCUGGCAUCCAGAUGAGGGCUUAUCAAUAUUUUUAACUACUUUAGAAGCUGGACUACUGGUUUAAAUAGAAAAUUCUCUGAGCACAGAAUUGUUUUCAAUUCUACCAAUGAACUGCAAUUUCAUCCCAGUUAUCAGUCAACAAUCUGGUUUCCUCUGAUUGGGUAUGGGUCAUGUCACAAUGCACUUAAUAUGUUGGUGAAAGUAACUCACAGAGGCACAACUGUAUUCCAAGAAAAACAACUAAGUUAGUGCACUUUUAUUUUGUAAACUGUAUCCCACUUAAGGCGUACUGUUGCUUUCAUGGUCUGAUUCAGUUAAAUAAAAGUGUCGAAUAUGCACAAAGCACUAAUGGUGCUGUGAAUUUGUUAAAUUUUACAUUAAACUUCCAUUAGCACUCUCUUCUUGGGUCAUGAUUGAAGUCUGGUUUCUUGUUGAUGUACCUUUGUCAUAGCUUCCCGUUAAGUAAUAUUAUCUCUUGGCUGUCCAUCCUUACUUUUAAUGUAUAUCCUUGUGUUGCUUGUAUUGAACAAAUUGCUCAUUUAACUAGUGGUAAUAACUAAAAGUUUUGUAUUCCAUAAUUUUUUUAUUUUAAUUUUAUAAAGUCUCUCUGAUGUCCUUCUGUGUGUUGAACACUUGCAUUUCUUAGGAUGUGCCAUGGAGACAUGCCUUGUUCUCCUGCUGAAUGGGUUCACAGUAUUAUGUAUGGUAUCUUUCUUGUUGAAGAAAUGAUUGUCAGCUUCCUCCAUUGUGGUUUUAUCCUAUUUUCAAACCUUUGCAUCACAUUUAUUUUAAUGUUUAACUGCCUCUUCUUCAUCCUCAUUAUUGUACUUAAUAUCCUUUACCUGUACUAUUAUGAUUCCAGCAUUUCCAUUGUGCAUUUUUUAAGUUGUAAAUCUUUUUAACAACGAACUUCCUCUUGUUUAGUAUUUUAAGAUUAGAGGUUUUAAGUUUUCAAGACUAAAGUUUCAUUUUGAUAGUCAUCAUUCACAGUGAUCUGUGCUAAGUAGGUAAAUAGAGCUGUUGAUGUUUCUCACUUUGCAACAUUGAACUGUGUUCGCCCUCUUAUCACCUCAUUUUCUUCUCUUUUAUUAAUAUUUCAGACCAAUCAUUUAUAAGACUUAUGUUUAAUAAUUAAUACUCACUCACUUUCUGUUGUAAAUAAAAAGGCUAGUGUAAUUCCAAAUAUACUAUGGUGAUUUUAACAGCAGUGGCCAGAUUGCACACAGAAAUACACUACAAGGUUAUGGAAGCUUUACCAAUGUGCUUGUAUUUUUCAACAUCUUAUCCAUUUCAGAUACAGUGUGUUACAGUAGGAGUGCUUUCAUUUUGAAUCGAUAAUACUUCAUAUUGGUGGUUUUCUUAUCUAUUUCAUUUGUUUUUGUGUGCGGUACUUUAAUCAAAAUGUAUUAGGUGGAUGUUAUAAUCUUAUGGCUUCAUUGAUGAAACAAUUCUUGAGCAUUUCUGUAUUCUACAAGUUACAGAUUUUCUUUCCCUCUGUUUCAUGAUUAGCUAUCAUAACUAGGCUGAUGUGAUUGCUAAUAUGUCCUUGUUCUACUUUAUUGUAUUUUUGUAAUGUAUUAUACUUUUAAGACUUGUACAAAGGUGAGUCGAUGACAUCCAUUGCUCCAUGAUGCUCUCUAGUCAGAGAGGAAGUAUUUUACAACUUAUUUAUAUUCCAUGUGUUUUUUCUGUCAAGCUGGACUAACCAUGCCGUUGCCUUCUUUAACUCUCAUAUUUCUUCCAAUUGCCUGCCAGGUUUAAUGUGAUUGAUCUGAAUGUGUGAUUUUGUUAGGUAAUGAAUAUGACUGUAAAAUGGUAUGGCAUGUUAUUAAUUACAAAAGUGGUAAUAGUUUAUUAUAUCUGUUUGUAUGAAAAGUGUACAGAAAUAAACAUUAAUUAUAUCAUGA